GAGCGCAGUUGUCCAGCAGCCAGUCAAGUGCGCUGUUUGCAAAUAUUCUGAGCUGAGCGCCGCGAAGGAGAGGGGAAAAGGAAGUGGAGCACUGACGGACGGACUGCUGCUAAAAACAAGCAUUCGUUUAAUCGCAGAGGGGAUCGCUUAUUAUUCCUUUCACAGACUAAAUAUUUAAAACGCACGUGUAUAGAUUGCCUUUUUUUCCUCCAGACAAACAAAUUCGGGGAAGAAAAAUGGAUGUUUUACCGAUGUGUAGUAUUUUUCAAGAACUUCAAAUAGUUCACGACACGGGCUAUUUUUCAGCCUUACCAUCCCUGGAGGAGUACUGGCAGCAGACUUGCUUGGAGUUGGAGCGCUACCUUCAGAGUGAGCCCUACGUCUCCACAUCCGAGUUGAAGUUCGGCGGACAGGAAGACCUCUGGAGCAAGCUGAUCCUGGCCUGCGGGGACAAGGCCAAGGCAGAGUCCGACCCAAACCUGGCCCCGACCCACGAGGAGGACAAUCAGGACAACCAGAUUUUGGACAGCAACAGCGUGAACUCUGAUGCAAGCAGUGAGGCUUCGGACAGUUUCGAGGAGCUCUCCCCCACGCACAGCUUUACCUCCAACCCCUUGGGGGCCGUCUUGGUUGGCUCCGGACCUUUUAGUCCCUCGGUCAUCAGCACUCCGCCAUCGUCCCCGGAGGCCACCGUUGGCAAUGCCGCCACCGUAAAUGGCUGGGUGGCCACGCACGCCGGGCUGAACCUGCCGGUCAAAAUCAGAACCGGUGGCGGAGUUGGGGGCGCGACUGCAAAGGCUGCAGAAAAGACUGGAUCCCUCUGUGGGGACACAUCCCCGGAUGCCCGGAGGCGGGUACACAGGUGUCACUUCAACGGGUGUCGCAAGGUUUACACGAAGAGCUCGCAUCUGAAGGCACACCAGCGCACUCACACAGGUGAGAAACCGUACAGAUGUUCCUGGGAAGGCUGUGAGUGGCGUUUUGCACGGAGCGAUGAGUUGACCAGACACUUCAGGAAGCACACAGGGGCCAAGCCAUUCAAAUGCAAUCACUGUGACAGAUGUUUCUCCAGAUCUGACCAUCUGGCUCUUCACAUGAAGAGGCACGUCUAACGCAGGGCCAGCAUCAACCGGGCAAUGCAGCGAAGAGGAAAUACUUUUCUCUCCUGUUGUUUUUUUUUCUUUUUGUUUUUGGUGGAGAGAGGGAAAAAAAUCCAAACGCACGCCAUCUCCCAACGGGUCUCUUGGUUGAACUGUCCCAGAGAGCAGAGGGAGAGGGGGAAGGGAGGGGGGGGGGGGGGGGGGGGGGGAGUGUUCCAGCCAAAGCAUGCCGUUUUGCACCGUACUGAAAUAACCCAGUGCCUCCGGGACCUCUCUUUUAGAGAAGGACGCUCUGAUGGUUGUCUGUUGCAACAAAAGGACGAAAUCGCGGACGUGGGGGAGAAAAUGUUUUCGACUGAGGACUUAAAAUGCAGAAAAGGACAAAAAAUUCUAAAACACAAAAAAAAAAUAGGCGAGUGAAUGAAUUGUAUGUAUGGUGCAUGAUGUUUUGGGGACAUCUCCCGGACAGCAGAUACACUGGUACUUAACAAGCCUGUCUGAGGUAAGCAUGUGUGCACUGUGAAUGUCUGAGAUUGGCUGACUGGCCCCCCUAUCCCCGUGGGGAAGAGGAAAAAGAGGAGCAGAAUGAGGUGGGGGGGAUUGGUGAGGGGCUGGUGCCAACGUUGCUGUGGACUGAAUGAGUUUCUGUGGCAGAGGCGAGGGAUACAUUUCUUGUUUCCCAGGUGGCAGUGUGAGGAUGAGGCCAGGUCAUGCCUGCCUUGUCUGUCUGGCACCCAGACUCUGAAAAUGAUGCGGCGGGAAGGGGGAAUUGCUUCUUCUGAAGUAUGUCAGGCCUUGGGUUUGACCAGAAACAGACAUGAAGCCUUCUGGUCUGUGACCCGUGGACUAAAAAACAACCCCUCCGUGAGUGACAGAAGCUUUUGAUGGUUUUUCCUUUUUUUUUUCUUUUUUUUUUUUGGUGCAGCUACUAAAUGUGCAAUGUGUUAUGUAGCCUGGUUUCUUAUUUUUCUACAAGCUACAAAGCCCAUUUGUAGUCCCAAUUGUAUAAGCUGUGUGCUUAGAGGUAUAACACAACUAUACUAUUAACUUCAGUAUCAUAGACAGGUUUUGCAUGGUUCUAGGGAUUGUUCCGUUUCCAGUUUCCACUGUAAUCAGGACUGCAAACAGUUUCAAGAAAAGUGCAGCUAAAAUCGCAAACGGUUAGAUGUUACAAUAUUGUACAUAAAAGGCCUCGAUGAUUCCUCAUUUGGGCUUUUAAGUUGAGAUGCACCGAUCAGAUCUGACCUGCCAAUUCCGAUUUUAAACAUUUUUGUGUUUGCUUUUUCAAAAAAUAUGUUUUGAAUCAGAAAUUGAAGAAAUAAAUUGUCCCCCUUUUAUGCACCUAAGUGUAUGUUUUCAACCAUUACCUGAUUUGUUUCUUUUAAUUAAACAAAAAAAAGUGUCACAGUACAUGCUGUUGGUUGAUGCAUUGUAGACGGAAAAUGAAAGAAAUAUUACUUUUUUCCAUAUCUUAACAAGCCGAUCACAGUUCAGAGCUGAUCAGGGAAAAUCAGCCUAUCCCGGCAUCUGACUGAUUGAUUGGUGCAUCUCUACUUUGAUGUAUUUUCCUUCUAAUUCCGUCUUCAUUCUGGUUUUCCAUCUGCCUGGAGAUUUCAUUGCUGUUCAUAUCCAUCUGAUGCCUCAAAAACCUAAUUUUUGCAUACAUUUUUUUAAUGUUUGUGUGCGUACACUUUCUUUCUACCUAAUAAUGCACUGUUGACCUUAAUGGUGCCUUAUGCAAGUGAAACCCACCACCCCCACGCUUGUUGUCUGGGUGAUCUUUACAGGCUUGAUCAAGGCUCAAUUACAAAACUGUUGUGAUAGUUACAUUUUUCUGGUGGUUUAUUGUGCUGUUGAAUUCUCACAAAGUACCUACCAUCAGUGGAUUGCCUUAAUUCUUGUUUUGUUUUUUAUGAGCAGCAGUUUAGGUGUUGCUGACCACAUUUAAAUUAAGUUGGAACAUGUAUAUAAGACAAUUCUGUACGUUAAAAGCACUUAAGUUCAUUUAUUAAAGGUGUCACCUACUGUGUAGUAUGUACUCGAGUCCAUCUCACACAGCACAAAGUUACAAAGUGACUAACACAAAACAAAACAAAAAAGAAAUACCACAGUGCUGCUCCAUUUUCACUGUGUCCCCUGUGAGAUGAUGCUAAUGGUAUGACAAUGAGAAAACAUACCAUGGUGUCAUUGUAUUAACAAAUAUUUCAAACAAAAAAGUAUUGCAAACCAACUUUGUCUGUCCUGUAAACGGGGAUAUAAAGUGUAGAAGCAACAGUCAGUGCUCAGCAACAGCUGGGGGAGGGGGGAGUGCAUUGCCAUUUUCCUCCCUAAAGGAAAAUCUUAGCGUUUUUAAAACUGUAAUGUACCUUGAUCCUGGUAGCCGGUUUAUGGCUAGUCCCCACCAUCGCCCCCCUUCUCCAGCCCCCUUCCCCUGUCCCUGCAUCCCUGCAAGUGGGACUGAAGAAAAAGCUAAAGAUUUAUUGUAAUUAACAGGCUGCAGUCGGACAGGCCUCGCCUUGUACUGCCUCUCUGUAAUGAAUUGCUAAAGGCUUUGUUGGCAUGGAAUCUGUCACAGACUGCUGACUGUGUAGGUUGGUUAUUGACCUGUCUGGAGCACGUUGUUUUAGCCAAGCUGCAACAGUAAUAUGGAAACCACAGCAGUGAGCAAGAGAAGGGGUGACUGGGUCCACGUCAAGCCCUCAACGUGCACAAGGAAAUUAGGCAAGCGGAAAAACAUUAUUAAAGAUUAAGGGGGGGGAUGCUGAAGCAAAAGGUCUGAAAAAAAUGGCAGGGAUUUUAAUUAUUAAUGCUUCAGGAUGAAACGAUCUGUCCCUCUCACCCCAGGUCGGCGACCUCAAUGUAGGAAUCCAAUGUUGCAGCAAGUUGCAAACCGCGGCACGCUCUGGACGUAUGGAUUUCAGAUUUCUCGGGCGCAGGAGACGGGAUGAGUCCAAACUUAAAACUGCUUGCUGCAGUAGAUUUGGGAGUUGCUGCUGAUGCCUCUUGUGGGCAAAGAGCUGCAGCAGCAUCCGUUCUGUGCAAACAGCAGCCUAUACUGUUCAAGUGACAAUUGAGCCUUGAUUUAGCAUCUUGUAUAUAUUUUUUUCAUUUUGCUCGCAUCUAAUUACACUUCAUCAUCUCUUCCAUCCCACUCACCCAGCUCUUCUAUCUCACACAGAAAACACAUACUCUCUCUCUCGUUCACACACACACAGCUCUUUGUUCUGAACUGAAUCUUUGUAUAAAAAACUGAAAAAGACUUUUGUAAAAUUGUUAUGUUUAUGCUUUAUGAAAUUUUUAUUUGAAAUUGUUUUGCAAAAUUGUUAUAUUUCUGUAUGAAUGUAUUUUUUAUUGGAAUAAUAAGAAAUUCUUAUCUGA